AUGAAAGAUGAAACAGCCAUACUACUACGUGAUUCUACUGGUCAAAUCACCACGCUCAUAUUCAAUGGCUCGGUCUUCACGCCCUCUGUACUAACUUUUGUUGGGAUUCCUGGCCUGGAGUCAAUGCAGUGUUGGAUUGAGAUUCCAUUUUGUAUCAUGUACCUCAGUGCUGUGAUUGGAAAUUCCCUAAUUUUAGUUAUAAUCAAAUAUGAAUAGUUAUAAUCAAACAGCCUCCAUAAACCCAUGUAUAUUUUUUUGGCCAUGUUAGGGGCGACAGACAUUGCAUUUAGCACUUGUAUUCUUCCCAAAAUGUUAGGCAUCUUCUGGUUUAAUUUGCCAGAUAUUUCUUUUGAAGCCUGUCUUCUGCAAAUGUGGCUUAUUCACUCCUUUCAGGCAAUUGAAUCAGGUGUCCUAUUGACAAUGGCCCUAGAUUGCUAUGUGGCCAUCUGUGACUCCUUGAGACAUGCCACUCUCUUUUCCCAACAACUCUUGACUUACAUUGGAGUUGAGGUGACACUCAGGGCUGCCAUUCUUGCAACACCAUGCCUGGUACUUAUCAAAUGUCAUCUUAAACUCUACCGAACCAUAGUUAUCUCCUACUCUUAUUGUGAGCACAUGGCCAUUGUGAAACUAGCCACUGAAGAUAUCCGAGUCAACAAAAUAUAUGGUCUAUUUGUUGCCUUCACUAUCUUAGGGUUUGAUAUAAUCUUUAUCACUUUGUCCUAUGUUCAAAUCUUUAUCACUAUCUUUAAACAGUCCCAGAAGGAGGCACGAUUCAAGACUUUUAAUACAUGCAUUACCCACAUUUGUGUCUUCCUACAGUUCUACCUCCUUACCUUCUUCUCUUUCUUCACACAUAGGUUUGGUUCUCACAUACCACCAUAUGUUCAUAUCCUUUUAUCAAACCUUUACCUUUUAGUCUCACCUUUUCUCAAUCCCAUUGUCUAUGGAGUGAAAAACAAACAAAUCCGUGACCAUGUCCUAAAAAUAUUUUUCUCCCCCCCAAAUCUUGAUCAUUAG